AUGGAUCAGAUAUUCAACAAGGUUGGAUCUUACUGGGUAGGCCAGAAGGCCAACAAGCAGUUUGACUCCGUUGGCAAAGAUAUUAACUCCCUGUCAACGAGCAUCGAAGGAGGAACAAAAUGGCUGGUCAACAAAUUCAAAGGAACAAUGCAGAAGCCGUUGCCUGAGUUACUAAAAGAGUUUGAUCUGCCGAUUGGCAUCUUCCCACGCGAUGCUACAAACUAUGAGUUCGACGAACAGACAAAGAAACUAACAGUCAUGAUUCCAACAGUCUGCGAAGUUGGCUACAAAGAUUCAUCCGUCCUGAAAUUCACCACGACAGUCACAGGGAUCCUCGAGAAAGGAAAGCUAUCUGAUGUGGAAGGAAUCAAGACUAAAGUAAUGAUAUGGGUCAAAGUCACAAGCAUCUCUGCUGAUUCGUCAAAGGUCUAUGUCACUGCUGGGAUGAAGAAGAGCAGAAACCGAGAUGCUUACGAGGUUCUUAGAGAUGGCGUUCGUUCCGAUAAAUUCUAA